AUGUACGCAAAUAUAGGGACUCAUCCUGAUAUCACACAUGCAGUAAGUUGGGCAAGUCAGUUUGCAAUCAAUCCUGGGAAGCAACACUGGAUUGCAGUUAAAAGAAUUUUAAGAUACCUUAAAGGUACAAGUUCACUAAAGUUGGGAUUUACAAAGUCCAAAGAUUCAAGCUUAAAAGUUUUCUGUGAUGCUGACUGGGGGUCAGAUGAGGAUGACAAUCAUUCCUAUCUGUUUGUAUUGGCAGGCGUGGCCGUCAGCUGGGCGAGCAGGAAGCAACCCACAGUUGCCCUUUCUACUACAGAAGCGGAGUAUAUGGCACUUACAGAAACAUCAAAGGAAGCACUAUGGAUAAAAGAGACUUUGUCAGAAUUAAGUCUUCUUUAUCACAGUUAG